UUUGGACUGCCAAGUCGCGUUUUCAGUCGCUCGCUGGCCCCUCGCAAGUCGCUAGCAAAUCCGGUGGCAAUUCGCGGUUUCGAGUGAACAACUGUUGUUGGGAAGUGUUCAAUAUUCAAUUCAAUAAUCCGAACCUGUUCAAUAACCAGAUAUUAUCAGUUGAAGUUCUUACUUAAUGCUGCUGCUCGUGGUCAACUGUUGCUGCAGCUAGCUGCCGAGGAAAUCCAGUGCAUAUGCUGCACCUGACCGGAGACAAGUCCUGGCAUUCCGUGGAGGCGAUGUAAGCAUACCGGGACAUCCGUCGACGACAGCACAUUAAGGAGGAACAACUUGAAAUUACCAUAAAGACCGCAGAGCUUGUGGAGCGGAGCGGAGAGAGGGGAGCGGGAAGAGGGAAGCGGGAAGAGGGAAGCGGGAAGAGGGCGGAGCGGUUAGAGAUGCGGUCGCUUAACAAGUCGGCGGGCGAGGAGGAGUUGACUGGCCUCAAUGGCAACUCCAGCGACUCCAUCUACACCAUCAAGAGCAAGUGGAUCACCGACUGGAGCCUCAGAAGGGAACGGGAUAAGCUGUGCAGCGUGCUGUUCAAGCGAGUCCUGACCCACGCAGAAUGCAAGCGUCUCCUGGAGGCCGCCAAAAUCUACGGAGAGAGCAGUGACUUCGGCUCCUGGUCGGUGAAUGAUCAGCUGCAAUGGUACAGGAACUUCGACGUGAACAACACCAACCUUCUCUUGGGUCUGAGGAAUCAGACCUCGGAGGGAGGUUCCACCAUGUCGGCAUCCAAUUCCGAUUCGGAGAUCCUGGGUCCAGUGCUGCCACCCUUCGAAUUGUGGCAGACAAUACUGAUCGCCAUCUGCCUGGCCAUCUGCAUCAUUCUGACGGUGGGCGGCAACAUCCUGGUGCUUCUGGCCUUCAUUGUGGACCGAAAUAUCCGGCAGCCGAGCAACUACUUCAUCGCCUCGCUGGCAGCCACGGAUAUGCUGAUAGGAACCGUUUCGAUGCCCUUCUACACGAUAUACGUGCUGAAGGGCUACUGGGACCUGGGUCCGAUGCUCUGUGAUCUGUGGCUCUCGGUGGACUAUACGGUGUGCCUGGUGUCCCAAUACACGGUGCUCCUGAUCACCAUUGAUCGCUACUGUUCCGUAAAGAUAGCAGCCAAGUACCGGAGUUGGAGAACGCGAACGCGGGUGAUCUACAUGGUGACCAUCACCUGGAUCAUUCCGGCCCUGCUCUUCUUCAUCUCGAUCUUCGGGUGGGAGCACUUCACUGGGAAAAGAGACCUGCUUCCUGGUCAGUGUGCCGUGCAGUUCCUCAAGGAUCCGAUCUUCAACACGGCGCUGAUCAUUGGAUACUACUGGACCACGCUGAUCGUGCUCUUUGUUCUCUAUGCUGGAAUCUACAAGACAGCCUACGACAUGCAGAAGAGAAGCGAGGCGAAGCAGCGGAAGAUGCAGUCCAUGGUGGCCCUGAGUGCGGGAGCCAUGUCCGGGAUGGCGGGACACGCGGCUGGGAUCGGGGUGAUCGAGGAGAAGAUCCUGAAGACCAAGGUGGAGCUGGCGGGGGAUCAGACCGACCUGGACAGCGCCUGCACCACUGUGAUCAAGCGGCUGAGUGGCUCCGGACAGGCGAAUCCCCUGGCCACCGCCGCGGAGGAGGUGGAGAAGAUGACGCCGGAGCAGCGGAGGGCCUCCGCGGCGAAGAUCCAGGAGGAGGCCAAGAAGCGGGAGGCCGCCGUCGAUGCGGAGAAGAGCGAGCGCUCCAGCAGUCCGGCCUUCGACUCCGACGAGGAGUCCUCCGUCAACCAGGCGCAGCAGCUGAUCAGCCAGCAGAAGCUGAACAACAUGCGGAAGCGAUCCUCCAUUGGGUUGGUCUUCGGGGCACAGGCGGCGUUGCUGGCGACGCGGGGCAAAGGUAACUUGCAGAAGAGCACCACCAACUCGAAGUCCAUCGAGGCCAUGCACCAGUACCACCACCACCAACAGCACCACCACCACCACAACCAGAGUCCGUUGCAGCGGGCGCAGAGCAAGGAAGAGGUGCGCUCCCUGCACCACCACAGCCAGCAGAACCAGCAGAACCAGCUCCACCACCAGCACCACCAGCAGAACCAGAACCAGAACCAACCACAGCUGGACCGGCCCAAGCGCACCUCCUGCUCCACCCUCUCCCAAAUAGCCGAGCAUGACCGCCUGGUGGACCUCUCUGCCGCCCCUCCCCGCACCAGCGACCCCCUCUCGCCGGUGGACCUCGCACCCAUCGAGGUGCCCAGCGAGGAGGUGCACCAGGGCCUGGUGCAGACCAUCCUGCCGCCCCCCGACGCCUUCCAGUGCCCCACCCCGCUCUCCGAGGACUACUCCGACCGCCCCUUCGGCAACAGCUCCGGGAACAGCGAGCUGGCCCUCACCUACGACCUGAUGACCAACUCGGAGCUGCGCUACAUGGACGAGAGCUCCGCCAUGAUGGCCACCACGAGCUCCCCGAACGACAGCGUCCUCGGGAGGCUGCCUCCUCCUCCGCCCGCCCGCCGCAAUCCACCGAAACCGAAUCUGAAUCCAAAUCCGAAUGCGAAUGCGAAUCCAAGCCAGAACCAGAGCCAGAACCAAAGCCCCAGCCAAAACCAGAGUCCCAGCCAAAGCCAAAGCCUCAGUCUAAGUCUCAACCUGAACCUGAAUCUCAACCUGAAUACAAAUCCAAAUCCGAAUCCGAGUAACAGUCAGAGUCAGAGUUUCGAGGAGGCGGUGGCCAUUGAAAAACGUCUUCUCGUCUCGUACACAGGCAUCGAGGACUUCGCGAAGGUUCGCCGGGAGAGCUGCAUCGAGGCCAUCUGCCUGCUGGACGUGCCCGGGAAGACCACGGCCGACUGUCCGCAUCGAAGGGCCUCCAGUCCCAUGGAGACGAGCAGCAAGGACGCCAUCCUGUACUCGCCCAUGCCGCCGAUGCCGCUCUCGCCGAAGGUCAAGACGCAGACGCCGCAGUCGGGAACGCCCGUGGGCAUGGCCACGCCGCCCCAGCCGAUCCUCGAGCGGAUCGAGGAGCGGGAGACCUCGGACAGCAACACCAACAAGCUGCCCUCCACCUCGGGCACCACCAGCAGCACCGGCGGCGGCGGAGGAGGAGGAGGUGGCCCCACGAAACGGGAUCAGCAAGAGGACGAUCCCGUUAAAGAGGAGAAGGGUCUGGCGGCCAGCCGGAACUCCAGCAAGCGGGCCUUCAUCCACUCGAUAGGGAAGCACUUCAAGAGCAAGAAGGCCCUGCCGCUGAUCCUCGGAGUGGGCGGUCGCCAGAAGUCCAAGUCGGAGAACCGUGCCCGCAAAGCGUUCCGCACGAUCUCGUUCAUCCUGGGGUGCUUCGUGGCCUGCUGGACCCCCUACCAUGUGCUGGCCCUCGUGGAGGGCUUCUGCCGGCACCCGCCCUGCAUCAACGAGCACCUGUACAUGUUCUCGUACUUCCUCUGCUACGCCAACAGCCCCAUGAACCCCUUCUGCUACGCCCUGGCCAACCAGCAGUUCAAGAAGACCUUCACGCGGAUCCUCAAGGGGGAUCUGCACAUGACCUAGGCUGGUCUUCGGAUCCGGAGUGGUUUGCUUGCCGGUGGUUGAGUCUCAUCCCUGAGAGAAUUCUCUUCAGCACGGCACUUUGCCCGAGGACCAGGCACUUGUGAGCCCCGAGAGCCUGGUUGCUCCAGAAACCCAGAGAUCCUUAACCCGAAUUCCCCUUAGGCCCUUAAGUUUUCUAUUUACUACCCAACAAAGUGCUCUGCUCAAGGGAAUGAAGCUGGGAUCUCGGCCACCAGCAAUGAGAUGGAGAGCCGUGGUGCACCCAUUGAAUUCAAAAUUUGAUCGGUGGAUAAACAGGAGUUAUCUGUAAGUAGCCAAAGGUGGGUGCAAUAGUUAGAAUCGUUGGGCGGGGAAAAGGUCUAGAGUGGCACUAAGCGGGGCGAAAUGUUUUAGACAAUAAAUAUUUUAAUGUUAAUAACCAAUCUAUGAUAACCGAGCAUAUAGCAAGUAUAUGAUAUGAUAGCGAAUAAUAUACCAUAAACUAGGCUAAGCAUAUAUACACGAGACUAGGAACCCCACAACCACAACACCCAAACAUAUCCCUGAGAAAAGCCUCUUUUGUUGUUCACCAGAUUGUAUCAGUGGUAAUCAGACAUAUGAAUGGUAUAGCCAGUAAAAGAAGAAGAAAACCUCUAAGGAAGCUAGAACUUGGAACCCUUUAAAGCUUAAACGGUAACAGUUCGUCGAAAACUCUCAAAAAGUACCUAAUUUUGUUCUAGAGCAUUUUUAGACGAAUUUACUUUGGCGGUUUUUUCGGUAGGUAUUAGAAAUUAGAAUAUGGCAAAAACAAAAACUGUGUUCAACUCUUUCGACGAACUGUUGCCGGCGUGGGUUCGAUUUCCAACCUGCAGCAGAUAUACGAUUUUAAAGAUACAAAACCCCCCGCAAACAAUCCCGCGUAAUUGUCUAUAGAUAUCGAUAUGGAUAUGGAUAAAUGCCAGACAGGUUCAACAGUUUUGUGUGAAUAAUCAUGAGUGUAGAGCAUACAAAAAGAUACAUACAUAUAGCUACAUAGAUGUCAAUUUUUGCGCAAGCCAGCAACUAUACUUAUACGGAUAUAUAGACGUCUCCUUAGCGCCUUUGCCAAGUUGCCUAACUGAGUUCUAAAACACUCUCAUUCUAAAACUCUCUUCUCGGUUGAAGUACUCUGUUAUUCGUUAUUCAUUAUUCGUUGGCCGUUUCGUUAACCGAUUCAAUUCGAUUCGAGUCGUUUUCCAGUGAGUAAUGUGCUAAACAAGUUUUCGCCUUUGUUGAACGUUUCCUUUUAGCACGUAAGUGAUAAGUGUAACAAUAACUAAAUUAUUACUAAAUAAAUACAUGAAU